GGUACAGUAGACAAAAAGGUACGCAAUGUGUGUCUAAAAGUUUACAAAUGAAUUGUCAUUUAUUUUGCGAAAAAUGCUAGUAAAACGGGAGAUAUUCAUUUAAUGACCUGCGUUUAUUUGCAAAUUUGCAGUCGUAAAUCUUACUUUGUGUUCGUCAUAGGGUUGUUAAACCUGUGUUUAAUGCACUCCCGUAUUUUGAAUAAGCUUAAAUAUUCAGUAGUUAAUAUUAAUUACAGAAAUAAUCUGUAAGAAAAAUUGUUGCAUACUUCUAGGUAUGUGAAGAGUCAGCUUAAAUGAGUGCAAGCAAAUUAUUAAGUCGUUCCCCUUCAUAGAGUGCUCACUGUACGCAUGAACAUGGACCCAUUAAUUGGUUAGCCGAGCAAUUGGAGUAUAAUUACCAUAACUUCCCCUGGAACGACACCACGACGAUCCCAGUAAAUUAUAAGCCAGGCAGACACACGGCCACGCCCACUCCGUCGCCAACUACGCCCUCGCCCAUCGCGACGCCCAAAUCCAUUAAAUUCUAGGAAACCGUGCUUAGUGUCGAAAUGUUUAAAAUAAAAAACGAAUCUUCGUUCGUCCAAAUGAACCUGAUGAGGUUUAUUGGGCUUUUGCUUGAUUGCCGAACGAGCGGGGGGCAUUACAGUACCCCGAAAUGGCCAAAAACGUGUUUCCAUUAAAGCCACCUCCGAUAUGUCCGUCACGUGAGACGAUCGCAACGAAUCGGCGAUGAUUCAGCGUUCCAAGCGAUUUCUAUAUGCAUAUAUAUAUAUUCAUACUCAUAUAUUCAUUAAUAAACCGCAAACAUAUUCGCUGUCAGGUAUCCGAACUGGAGGCGUUUACCCUUGACCAUGUUUUGACAACGACCACCAUCACCACAUGGCCAGCAUGGAGGAACACCGAACACCGUUAGGCGUCGGAACAACCCAAUCCCGAACGAGAACAAUCCCAAACAAUCGAUCUAUUACCAUCUACCUGGGUCAUAACUCACGUUUGUCAUGUGCUCAUUGAGGGACAGAUGUUUGCGACGCGGGUAUGGAUAUCUAUCUACCUGGUCUGGCCGCGUCCAGAUUUCUCCGGAUUCCGACGACUUUUUUGCGUAACGAACGUCGCACACGAAACGUGCUGGCGAAUUGGUAAUACGAAGCCCUUCAACAGCGGCAUUGUCAGCUGGAAACCUCCAGAAUAUAAUAUGAUACUCUAUAAGAAAGUCAGAAUAUAUCAUAGUAAAGAUCCCAAAGGCUUUCCAGCACCUAUCAUACUAGUUCACGUUUUUCGUUAUACCAUAUUUAAAAAACAAACAAUCCAGUAAAAGACCUAAAGAUUGUGUGCUAAAUUUAUGCAAGAUGCCCUAUCUGUAUGGCAUAGCGGACACCAAGUUCCUCCACCAGAAGGUGAAAAAGAAGACGAAGAUCCGUUCGGAUAUGGCAGCCACCAAGUUCCAACGGAAUGAGUUCCUAAAGGGCUGUCCCAAGUACGAUAAGGACGAUAUACCCAUACAGUUCAGGACGACACCCGAUUCCCUUGUGGAGCUGAGCAUCAUUGUGGUGGACAAGCUGCCAUUGCCAUCGAUCUUCGAGUGGGAUGACAUGGACAUCAGGCGCUGGAUCAAUGGCUACGGUUAUCCACAGUACAUGAACACCUUUCGGGUGAACAUGAUCACGGGUCGCAAGCUGCUGCUCCUGGACGCCUCCGCUCUGUGUGCGAUGAACAUCAAGAACUUCGAUCACAUCCGUCACAUAUCCUAUGGCAUCCGGAUGCUCUUCCACUUCGAGCUGACCAAGUUCUCAUCCAGCAUCUCGCUGCCGGACGAGAAGCCCAACGAGCUGUACCUGCUGUUCCACACGCAGACCGGAAUGAACUACGACGAGGUGCGCAGGAGUGAUCUCUACCGACGGAUGCAGAUCCUACGGGAGCGGGCCCGCAACCUGGAUCACUGGGAUCUGCUGUACCUGUGGCUGCGCCACGAGCAGGAACGCAAGUACAAGGAGUUCAUCGGCAUGGUACCGCGCUCCACGAUGUACAAGUGCGAGGAGGCGGCAAAGGCGCCGGAGGAACCCGAGGACAUGGAACCCGAGGAACUCAUGUGCAUGACCUGCAUUCCGCCGUGCGACUGCGACUGGACCGAACGGGAUCUGCGGCUGCCGUGGCGACUGGAGUGCCUGCCGCCCAUGCUGGAAACCACCAUGAGCAAGUGGAACGCCUUGCAGGCGCAGUGCUCCACCUGCAUCCCGCCGUGCGAGUGCCGCUGGCCACCGCGAUUCUAUCUCACAGGCACCGUCAUCCGCUGCCUGCAGCAGCGCUUCCCGGAGAAGUUCUGCCCCAUCUUCGACGAGCGGUACAGGGCCUCGCCGCGACCCAGUCUCGUGGAACGCUGGACGCGAUUCUCCAUUUAAUGCGGUACUUUCACAACCCAUUUAUUUCAUAGAUAUAGUAUUCUAUAUUCAAGCUCUGUAAAGAUCACAGUUUAUAUCACAAAUACAUGCUCUGAAUGCGAAAAUCAAUGGAAUUUCAUCAUGUUUGCAGACUCAUCUGCUCUUGGCAUCUUAAGCUAUUAAUCAAA